AUGGCUGCAGACCGACAGACGUUAAGAUUCGAGGGCCGUUUCAUGGCUCUGGCAAAAGACUCCCAUGGCGAUACUAUCAACGUCACGUACUACCCAUCAAGCAACCACAAGGAUAAGACCCAGCCCAGUGUGCUGCGGUCAGUAUACCGCUCUAACGACAAGCAGCACACGGGAAAGGAUAUCAUCUAUGAUACCGUGUGCGCUGAGAUUGCAGACAAGGCCACACCAGCAGUCAUAUCAGCGAAAAACAUUACUGUGUGCGGCUACGCAGUAUGGAGCACACUCGGCAAGUCUCAAGAGACGCCAAGACCGAGACAUCAUCAACGACCUCCAGUCAGCCAAGCGACGGCGGCUGGAGCUACUACCCUCACAAAAAAAGCUGUCAAUGGCGAGAACCAAGAUGUUCAGGGUACACUUAUGAACUACAAAGUUCCAAUGACUAGCCAGGAUCUUCUCGACCUCAAGCAGUUAGAAGCAUCGAAGCACAUCAACAAAGAUAUCAGUGUGGGUCCAGUACAAAUCGCAUUGAGGGGGAGUCCUCGCCCUGAGAAGCUAGCGGCGAAGGAAGCAGAGGAGGGAGCGCAGAUGGCUGUGAGAGAGCCCUCUCUGCGAUGGUCAUCCACACCAGAAGAGUAUGAAGAGAUUCGCAACACCAGCUGGGAUGAUAUAAUCUCGGAUCUACGCUCUUGGGACGAAAUGCUGGUUCCGCACAGGGACUAG